AUGGCAGAAGAAGCGGAGUCGAAACCGGUCGAGCAAUAUCGUCCGGAGCUGACCAAGGCCACGCCGGCGGAUUUUAUGAGACCAUCAAUGCGGACGAGGGGAAAUUCGGCUGGGGGAAACUCCAAGACGAAUGGGGUGGGAGUACAGGUUGAGGAUACGCGGAUAUGCGUGGUUAUGGUCGGUCUGCCAGCCCGGGGCAAGAGUUUGAUAGCACAAAAAGUUGUACGUUACCUGGGCUGGCUGAGUAUCACAGCCAAGUGCUUCAAUGUUGGCAAUUAUCGUCGCACAAACACACCGCAACCACAAGCCUCGUUCUUCGACACCUCCAACAAGGAAGGCGAGCGAUUACGCAGAGCUGCAGCGGAAGCCGCCGUUGCCGACAUGUGCAAUUGGUUUCGCAAGCCCAACAAUCUCAUCGCCAUCCUGGAUGCCACGAAUAGUACCAAGGCCCGGAGACGCUGGAUCAAGGAGCGGUGCGACGCAGAAGGCAUCGAGACGCUGUUUGUUGAGAGCAAGUGCGAUGACGAGGAUCUUAUUAUGAGUAACAUUCUUGAAGUCAAGACCACAAGCCCGGACUACCAGGGCCAGGAUCCAGAAGAGGCGGCACAGGAUUUUCGACAGCKGAUCAAGAUGUACGAGGCGGUGUACGAGACUCUGGAUGAGGACGAAUCGGACAUGACCUACUGCAAGAUUAUCGACGUCGGGUCACAAGUCAUCAUCAACCGGAUACAAGACUACCUUCAAUCGCGGGUGGUGUACUACCUGAUGAACCUCCACAUCAAGCCGCGAUCGAUUUGGGUCAGCCGACAUGGUGAAUCAAUGUACAACUUGAGUGGACAGAUCGGCGGUGACGCAGAUUUGUCUUCUCGUGGGCAGGAGUAUGCCAAAUCAUUGCCUGGACUGGUGAAGAGAUCUGCUGGUGAUCUGCCACUCACAGUGUGGACCUCUACCUUGAAACGUACAGCUCAGACCGCCCGUCACUUGCCGUACGAGAAGCUCAGCUGGAAAGCCUUGGACGAGCUGGAUUCGGGUGUUUGCGAUGGACUUACCUACGCAGAGAUCGAAGCAAAGUAUCCACAGGACUUCAAAGCCCGCGACGAAGACAAGUACAACUAUCGCUAUCUUGGCGGAGAGAGCUAUCGGGAUGUCGUUAUUCGACUUGAACCCAUUAUCAUGGAGCUUGAACGCUCAGAAAACAUACUCAUUGUCACCCACCAAGCCGUACUACGAUGUAUCUACGCCUACUUUAUGGGAUCCUCACAAGAGAAGUCGCCGUGGAUGGAAGUACCGCUGCACACCUUGAUUAGACUGACUCCAAGAGCCUACAAGACCGAGGAGGAGCGCCUUUAUGCAGACAUCCCAGCUGUGAGCACGUGGCGCGAGAAGGGAAGCAAGGCUGUUCAUUCGGAGACGGAGGCAAGCAAGCGCGGAUCCCCUCAGAUUACUGGAGAGACGAAAGUAUGA